AACACUCGCUAAAACCACACCACUACACUGGUGGCAGUAACAAACAAAUGGGUUGGGCAAUUGCUCUCCACGGCGGCGCCGGCGACAUCCCACGUUCACUCCCACCGGAGCGCCGCCAGCCACGAGAGGAAGCCCUCCGCCACUGCCUCCAUGUCGGCGUCCAAGCUCUUCAGGCCAACAUGCCUCCUCUGGACGUGGUUGAGCUAGUUGUUCGUGAGUUAGAGAACAUUCCACACUUCAACGCGGGUAAGGGAUCUGUGCUCACCAACAAUGGCACUGUUGAAAUGGAAGCUUCUAUCAUGGAUGGCAACACCAUGAAAUGUGGAGCUGUCUCUGGCCUUACCACUGUUGUCAACGCUGUUUCCUUGGCUCGAUUGGUCAUGGAGAAGACACCUCAUAUUUAUCUUGCUUUUGAUGGGGCAGAGGAAUUUGCAAGACAACAGGGUGUUGAGAUGGUAGACUCAAGCCAUUUUAUUACUGCAGAAAAUAUUGAAAGACUGCAGCAGGCAAAAGAAGCCAAUAGGGUCCAGAUUGACUACACUCAACCCAUCCAAAAUGAUACUAAGAAGGAAACACCAUUUGCUAAUGGGGAUAGUCAAAUUGGAACUGUUGGGUGUGUAGCUGUUGACAGUCAUGGCAACCUAGCUUCAGCAACAUCUACUGGUGGAUUAGUGAACAAAAUGGUUGGUCGAAUUGGUGACACGCCUAUCAUUGGCGCUGGUACAUAUGCCAAUGAACUUUGUGCAGUUUCUGCAACAGGCAAAGGUGAAUCAAUAAUACGCGGGACAGUAGCAAGAGAUGUGGCUGCUCUGAUGGAAUUCAAGGGUCUUUCUCUUAUUGAAGCUGCAAAUUGUGUUGUGCACGAGCGCACGCCAAAAGGCACUGUUGGUUUGGUUGCUGUGUCUGCUGCAGGAGAAGUUGCAAUGUCUUAUAACACAACAGGCAUGUUCCGAGCUAGCGCUACUGAAGAUGGUUUUUCAGAGAUUGCAAUUUGGCCUGCUGCUAAAAUUGAGUGAUCUAGAGGCUUUUUUAGAUUUCCAAACUCAAUGUAUUGUGACAUUUGUAUGCUUCGUGCGCAUUGUUAUAUCGUAAGGAAAUCUAUUUGCAUUUCAAGGUACAGAUUGUUAUUUGGUUCA